CCCACCAUGGACUGUUCCCCCUGCUGCCCUCUGGAAAGAGGUUCUGCAGCAUCCGGUGCAGGUCCACCAGGUUCUGGAACAGCUUCAGGUCCACCAGGUUCUGAAACAGCUUCAGGUCCACCAGGUUCUGGAACAGCUUCAGGUCCACCAGUGCAUCAUGGGAACUCUGACGGCUCACCUGACUCAGUCUGAUGAAGAGGAAGCUGCAGCCCAGAGGGAGGAGUUUAGUCUGGAGGAGGCGUGGCCUGUCCGUGACGUCACAGGGUGGCUGCUGAGGCAUCUCCAUGGUAACAGGAGAGGCUGUGUGUUGCUAGGUGUGUGUGGGGGCGUGGCCUUUACUGCAGCGUUCCUAUUGGCCCUCGCUGUAGUCAGGGGGCGGGGCCUCUGCUCACAGGAGGCGUGGCUAGAGCAGCCUGAGGGCGGGGCUAAUAUACCUGCAGACGGAGGGGCGGAGCUUUACCUGGGGGAGCUGAGGGAGAUGAUGAGGAGGCUGCUGCAGGAUGAAGAUCUGCUCAGCACCGUCAGCCGGGUCAGCAGAGCGGAUCAUCCUCCUGGUUCCUCAGAGGGAACGGUUCUGGCCUCAGAGGUUCUGGGUCGGUUCAGGAAGCUGCAGAUGGACCAAACAUGGACCGAGUCGCUGUUCGCCACACUGCAGGUCUGCAGCUCUCACUGUGGGUCAGCCGCCUUCCAGGCCACAGCCAGGUUGGUGAUGGAUGACGGGACGGCUGAAGCUCAUGUCUGGUUGUCGGGGCAACCGGUCCAGGCUGUGCUGGGAUUGGCUGAUUCCCAGUGGGCGGGGCUCCAGAGAGCGGUCAGGGUCAGAGGUCACGUCCAGGUGUUCCCUGGGGGGCGGAGCCUGAGGACAGACGGACACACUGAGGACGUCCUGCUGCACUUCCUGCUGUCCCUCUGCAGCGGUGAUGUCAUCGGGCAGCAGGUGACCCUCACCUGCAGGAAGCGGACCAAUCAGAGCUCAGCAGAGGUGAGACGCUUCAGCCGAGGAGACAGAGACUUCCUGACCAGGAGGCUCCGCCCCCUGCAGCUCACCUGUUCUCACCUGGAGCUGCAGGAAGAAUCAUGAUGAACCGAGUCAGAAGAUCUGAUCUGAUCUGGACCCACCUGGAGACGGGAUGAACAUCUAGCUACCCGUUCACCUGUUGGACCCGUUCACCUGGAUGUUUAACAGCAGAUCUCAGUCUGACAGAAACACCUGGACAGGUGAGUCCUCUGCUCCUGGUCCACUGACUGAAUGUCAUCAGAUCUGUCAGGAUGCAGGACUUGGACUAGGCCGUUUGAGGUGACAUGUUGGAGUUUUUCUGUUCAUUUAUUAAAAACUUUUGUCGCAGCCUUUUGUUCCAAAAAACCAAAAUUUCCAAUAAAGGCCGUGGUGGGUAACAGGUGGGUUUUUAGAUUUGUACGCACUUUUGUAGUGAUUUAUUUAAUUUAAAAGUAUAGACAAAAUAAUAACUAAGAAUGUCUUGUAGCUUAGUCGAAACGAAAAAUAAUCUCACUUUAAUGUUUGACGGUACAACAAAGUGGUUAGAAUACUGUAUAUGAAAAAGUGUUUUUAAUGUAGGAAAAUGUGGUCAAAAAUCAUUCUACAAACCUCCCGUCCACACCAGACAUUUGCCAAACAACCUUCCACAAAACACCCGGUGUGUUUUUAAUUACACAAAUUAAUGGGAGGGUCUAACAAUUAGCCACGUAAUCUAAACAAUUCCAAAUAAAAAAAAAAAAAAAGAAAAUUAAUUACAAAUUGUGAUUCUAAAUUAACUUAGACAUAUUCUAACAACCCAAAGAACAAAACUAAAUUGGUAGAAAUUAUAAACUACAAAACUUAGCAUAAAUGGCCACAACAACUUUAUUUUCUCUGAAUUGUUUUUUAUGUUGAUGCUUCACAGUUGGAUCGAUAUUUAGUUGUCAUGGUGCGUUACCAUAGCAACCAUGGGAUUUGAUCACAGCUGAUUAACAUGUGGAGGGUUAGAGUAACUAACCGGGACGGACCAGAACCUCCAUGAUGAGAAUCUCAGUCGGUUCAUUUAACUCACCUGGAUCCAUUGGUUCUGACUCAGAACCAUCAGAACCCUUUGAUAAAACCGGGUUGGGUCUCUGACAACAGAACUGGGUCACCAGUUCAUGCUGCAGCUGCAGAGUUCAGCCAGCAGGGGGCAGCACCGCCUUCAGAACCCGGUUCUGUCUGAACCAGAGAAGUUCUGGUUCUGAUCCACUGGAUCCUCCUCGGCCAUCAGAACCAGUCUGAUCCAGUCUGGGUCACUCACAGCGCCACCAUCAGUGUUAAAGUGUUACUGCAGGUCUUGUUGUAUAUUCGACUGAUUCAAAGACGAAAAGGAGUCGGGUGGAAAAUUCAACUGAACUUUAGUGAAUAAUAAAAAAAGGGAUGAACGAAUCAUACAUUACAAUACACUACAGAGUGUAGGUGAUCGACUAACAUAGCUCUUUCUCUCGGUAAAACCUCCUCAAUUCUACCUCUUCCUCUAACCGCCAGUUCUUCUAGCACUUGUGCAAUGCAUCAUGGGAUAUUGAGUCCAUUCUGUUAAACGACCACAAAUAGUUAGUUUUGAACCAGAUAUUAACUAUAAAAUGCUAACUAGAUUUAUGAACUAACUGCAACUAAAAU